GCUUUGACAAGGUUAGUCUUCUUUCUUUCAACUUGUCUAGGAUCGCGGAGAAGAACACCAGCUUCUUGAGUGUUCUCUUUACGCUGCGGUCGUCAUCAGAUUCCAAACCCAACCGUUGGUCGAUUUGACCGAGCAAUCCUUUAGCAAUGCCAUGUGCGAGAGCGGCAGCUUGUCCAGAGGUACCACCGCCUCUAACUAAUCCAAAUACAUUGAAAUUUCCCAAUUGACCGGUUACUCUGAAUGGUAAAGUUAUAGAUUCUCUAUCGUGUAUACGAGGGAAAAACUCGUAAAUUGGUAAGUUGUUGACGAGAAUCUCGGUAUUACGGACCUCUUUUUCAGGUGAUGUUGGUACUAACCACACUCUAGCAGAGCUCUCUUUGCGUCUACCAACAGUGUAACUUCUACCGAGUUCAUCGAUUUCAACUGGUUUACGUUGUCCUACUUGAACUUCUCUACCACCUGGAGGUUCAAAUUCUCUUACAGCUACUUCAAUAUCGUUGACAAUUUGGGCAGUUUGUGAACCGCCAGAUCUUGCUGCUGGGAGUAACUUUGUGAUAGAAUUAAGGAGAUCGACUAAGCGACGAUAUUCAGAUACUUUCAAAUGAGUUUCUAACUUUUUUUCUACUGCUUCUUGACUGAGCCACUUGAAAAUAACACCAGUGUCGUUUUGUGAGCGUAACAAAUGAAGCUUCUUCGUUGGUAGAGCGAGUGCGAGAGAUAUGGACCUCUGAGAAUCCCUCUUUAAAUUUUCCAAAUUAGCUAUUGAGGAUUCGAAAAGUGGUCUGCCUGUGUAAUAAUAGCUGUUCGUUGGUUUGAGUUGUGGGUUGAGUGGUGCGACAGGUGCAUUCCUUGGUACGUAGCUAGUUUGCUGCUUUAAUAAGCUAGUACUGCUUAUACAUCUCGAUAAAGGUCGUUUGGAUGCGCCUACAAAAACCCGCCUAAGCAUUAGUUGAUAGUAAGAAUGAAAGGAGAGGACUUCUUCUUCCACAACACUCAAUGCAAAAAAGAUCAAGUAUACACCCAUCAGUUAGUAGACCUUCUGUAGCAGGUCCACCAAUUUCUUCUAUUCUUCCAGCUAAAGCGCUUGAAUUGCAUGGGCUUGAGCAAGUGAAAGGUGCUACAUCGCAACUUUUAGAGCGUGUAGAAGGUCUCGCUGAGGAAGCACACACGCUAGCAGAGGGUGGUGAAGCUGUUGGAAAAGUUCUAGGCGUUUGGGAGGAGUUGUUUUCCGUAAUUAGAUUGAUGGGAUCUAUUACGAACCAACAAUCAGAACAGAAUCCAGAGAACGGUGCAGAUGAUACAGCAGAACAGGACAGCGACAGUCCGACAGAGAAGUUAGUACGGAUACCAGUCGACGGACAUUCUAUCGUUAACCAAUAAAUGUAUUUCUAUAUUUUGUACAUCAA